UAUUUAAAAUUAUUAUAAUACUAACAACUUACUUAACUUACUAUCCAGGUAUCCUAGAUAUAUAUUAUAUACUGUCCUGUACCAAAACAAAGGGAAUGGUUAUAACACAGCUUCUCUACGCCUUACAUGCUCACAGUGUCACACUGAACAUGAAAUCUAUCUUGUGAAUUUGUUUAUUCAAUGUAUUGAAAGAAGAACUGCUAAUCUUUAGAAUAGUCUAGAGCAUACAUUUCUUCAAUGUCUGCAAUUUUUACUUGAAGCUUUGACAUGAGUGAAUACAAAAAGCAUAUAUCUGACAAAUUGUUCUAAAAUAUUCAACAUCAGUGGCUGAUGUACACAGCGAGCAUGCAAUAUGAAUGGUUGAUGCUAUGUAUUAUGGGUCAUUAUCAAGUGCAUUUUAUCAUGCCAUUCAUUAUCUAGAGACUGAUCAACCCAGUAAACAACCUAGUAAACACAUAUCUAGUGGUGGAAGCUUUACAUCUUUUGAUCUUUCAUUGUUGAAGGAAUGUUUGAAUAUAAACUAGAAGAUAUGAACUAGUACAUUUGAUUUUAUGCCAUUGCAAUGAAGAACAGUGAAAAAGCCAGACUAUAAAAGGUUUUAGGCUCAUGCUGGUCUGUUGGAGGACAUGGACUUUUUUUGCUAUCUCUGGUAACCCUACUUAUGGAAUACAUAUGUUCUUCAAAUAAAUCUGUUCUUAACCAUAAUUCUGGAAUGAAUUAUGGUCAAUAACCAAGAACAAAACAAUUAUAGAAACACACUGUUGAACUAACAAGUCUGAUGAAGAGACUUUUUUUUUACUGACAAUUCACAAUUCAAAGAAUUAAAUGGCAUUUGCCAAUCAGAAAAUUCAACGACUCUUACGUGCUGAUCUUUCCAAAAAAGGCUCAGUGGAUGAACCUAUUGUAGAUCUUGUGGAAUUUAUCAACAGUUUGCCACAUUAUUUUACAACUAGCUCAUGCUCUGGAAGAAUUUUAAUUUUUGAAAAUGAUUUACAAGCAGAUAAAAAAGGAUGCAAAUGGUUGUAUGUGUCCCAUACUUAUGUGACCUUAGAAGAAAUCUUGACACAUUUGACUGCAGUACCAGAUGAAGCUGUAUUUAAAUUUGAACCAUUCAUUAUGCAUGUUCAGUGCCAAACAUUGGAAGAUGCUCAGAAGUUGCACCAGGCAGCAGUGGCGGCAGGAUUUAGAAAUUCAGGGAUUACAAUAGGAGGCAAAGGAAAGAUAAUGAUGGCAGUGAGAAGUACCCAUUCACUGGAAGCACCUCUUUCAUCUGAAGGAAAGCUUAUUGUUUCACAAGAGUAUAUCAAGUUUCUCAUAGAGUGUGCCAAUAAAAAAAUGGAAGAAAAUAAGAAUAGAAUUCACAGGUUCUUUGAGUUGGUGAAAACUUUGUCUACAAAGACUGAAUCCAACAAAACAUUGAAAACAAAAUGUCCAGUCAAGAAAGUGAAGAAAGUGACACAUUCUGAGGAUGGAACAAAAGAAACUGAAACUGAUUUGUCUUUAUUUGUCUUUGAUGUUUCAUAAUAAAAGGUUUGGGUAACAUAA